AUGCCAGACACCAAACUCACGAGCUUUCCACCAUCCCAAAAUUCCAACAGCUUCCGAUAUCGGCCGCUGGACCCCUCAGAGGGUGAAGAUAUUCGCCUCUUGUGUCUCUACCCUGGCGAAUCCCACGAACCUAUCCGAUGCGACCUUCUCCACGCGAACCUGGACGAUGACAUCGAAUACGAGGCUCUCUCGUAUACCUGGGCCUCCGAAGAUGGGGACGCUAGCUUAUCGCAGCGCAUCAGCUGCGCUUACUUUGGAGAGGAACAAGUCUCUGAUCUGCCAGUAACAUCAAGCUGUGCGUCUGCAUUGCGCAGGCUGAGGUUGAUUUCACAAGAAAGAAUGUUGUGGGUCGAUGCACUCGCUAUCGAUCAAAGUAAUCUGCAAGAGAGGAACCAACAGGUUGCGAUUAUGGCAAGGAUCUACUCGGGCGCGUCACAAGUUUUGGUCUACCUAGGAGAGGAAGAUUUAGGAUUCGGCUCGCGCACUCUGUGGAUGGACACCGAGAGACGUCAGACCGCGCUGAAGAAACUUUUCGCAAAGAGAUGGGCCUCACGAGUGUGGGUGAUUCAAGAAGUAGCACUGGCGCAAAAGUUAACGAUGGUCACGGGGAAUGCAUCCUGUCCUAUGGAUGCCAAUCUGAUGAGCCGUAUCCGAGGUAGAGCCAAAAUAUCCAGACUGCAAGUCCCUGGCCCAUUAGCUUGGGAUCCGCUAGUCAGUGCUCCGACGAGGGAUCUACUCACGAUGUUACAAAUGACACACAACUGCUCGUCUACAGAUCCCAGGGACAAGGUGUAUGGUCUUUUGGGCUUGGUUGGCGAGCGCCUGCAGAGCCUCAUUGAGAUCGAUUACUCGCAAACCGUGGAGGAGGUAAUGACACGUGCGGCCGCCGCGAUCAUCAUCUGCAGAGAAGACUUUGAGAUAUUAGCAUACGCGUCACUCAGAGCUAGACCCGCGCAAAAGCGCUUGCCGACUUGGGUACCGGACUGGGCAGAAUUUGAUGGCGAAAUUACGCUGCGUCCUCAAUUCCAAACAUCAAAGAUAGGUCCCUGGUCAUCUCUAGAGAAGUUGAUGGGGAGCAGGUCAUCGGAUCGUCGGCUCAGCGAGAUAGAUUGGGGAGCAGUGGUCGAUAUACCUGCAAGCUGGCCAGUUAGCCUCUCUUCGAAGCCGUCCGUGGAAGUUCGUGGACACUGCCUCGCGACUAUCGACAGCACAACCAAGCAAGAGCAUGGGAGUUCACAAUGGCAAGAUGCCCAGGAUUUUGGCGACAGCUUGGGGGCUCUGAUCGAAGAUCAUUCGACGCCUAAGGAUUUCGAUAUGCGGUUAUGGCCUACACGAUUCCAGUGGCUCUUCAAUCCCUCUUACAUGCGCCUUGAUGACUCGCAACUGCAGCCAGACAGCACCUCGGCUAUGAAGAGUUUUUCAAAUCUCCAUUGGGCCGGCCUGCAACAGUUUUGCACUGAGCUUCAAACACUGGGGAAGAACAAAUACAUCUUUCGAGCUGAAUAUCUACCUGCGAUAACGAACCAUGACUUCGAUGUAGGCGAUACUGUAUGGGCAGUCGAUGGCUGUACAGUUCCACUGAUUCUCAGACCUGAUAAUCAUGCAACACAGGGCGAUGCCAGUCGCCGAAGUUAUACGAUCGUUGGUGACUGCUACCUGUUUGCGUUGUCACAUAUGGAUUGCUGGACGACAUCAGGAACGGGACUUGAUCAACGAUGGGAUUUCAAUCCGUUCCGCCAUAUGGAUGCACUCCGCUUGCUGCCAUCCCCUAUAACUCGAAGUCGCUACACUGACGUUCGUCCGAUAUGGCUUAACACUCCGAACGGAUGCGCGACUCUUGUAAGACAGCUACGAAUCACGAUGACCGAAUCCCUGCGCAAACAUCCAGAUGUACGCAAGUUCGACGGAAUAAGGUGCUGCCUAAGCUGUGGCGAGGCGGUGCUCGAAACCUUAUCUUCAACAUCCCGCAUUCACACAAGUGAUGCAACUGCUUCUUAUCAAUACACAAAGCUGAAUUACAAACUCGGUCGCCAGAUCCGGCUUCUUCGUCUUCUUCCAGGCAGUCUUGGGGAUGAGAUUCGAUGCGAUAUCACACAUGUAAAUUUGGAUGACUACCCUGUGUAUGACGCUGUCUCAUAUACAUGGGCCACUACAAAUGGAGACGCAAGCCUCUGCAAGUCGAUAUAUUGCGGGCAUGGCAAUGCCAUCAAUAUUACUGCGAACUGCCAUGCUGUUCUUCUUCAACUCAGGCGGUCAGAAAGGCGACCGCUUUGGGUUGACGCAAUAUGUAUUGAUCAGACCGACAUCAACGAACGCAAUCAUCAAGUCAGGUUCAUGGAUUCAAUCUAUUACCAAGCUCGCUGUGUUCACGUAUGCAUCCAUGAUCCUUCGCCAAGGACUCCGUUACCAUACUGGCGAUCACCAGACUAUCAUCAGUUAUUCCGUUGGCUGCGUGACGAUGGGCCUAGUAAAGGCUUUGACACUGAAACUUCUCUCGCCUUAGACCUACGAAGUCUUCUCUCGUUACCAUACUUCCGUCGGAUCUGGGUCAUCCAAGAAGUGGCCUUAGCCCGAGCUGUGUGUCUGCGUGUGAACGACCAGGCGCUUCAAAUGACUGCCGAAGUCAUGAGUCGCUUGACAUGUCUUUGCAAGCAUGAGUUUGCGAGCUUUGAGCUGCCCAGCGUUCUGCGGUGGUCUUUGGAUCAACAUACUAAGCUCGAUAUCGUUACUUGUCUCGGCGCAGGCCUGAGGUGUGACGCCACGGAUCCACGCGACAAAGUCUACGCAGUUCUGAGCUUGAUGGAGUCUCGUAUCAGAUCGCUCAUACCUGUCGACUACUCCCUGGACCCUGCGACCGUCUGGAGUAAUGCUAUAACAGCUGUUAUUAUAAGCCAAGGGAAUCUAGACAUCUUAUCAUACAUC